AUGUCGUAUUCAAGAACGAUGGGAUCCGCGUCUCGGGAUCCUCGGAGAUCCGCGGGAGUUUCGUCAUCCCUUCGAACAAAUAAUCGUUCCCGUAACACGGGGUAUUUUUCACCAUCCGGAAAUGGUGGAUACUCGAGUUAUUCUAAUCCGUACGGUAGCGGAAAUUCUCUCGGUCACUCGUACGGAAGUAAUUCAUACGGCUCGUACGGAAGUUAUCAUUCGCCGCCAUCUUAUUCGAAUUACGGAAAUUCUUAUUCGACUUACGGCGGCACGAAUUCCGGAUACGGAUCAUUACAUUUACCGUCGGGAUCGUCCGUUAGCUCGUACCUGACUUCGCCUUCUUCGUCUUCGAUGAAACACCUGUCGCCGAGCCUUUAUUCUAAACCGAUAUCUAGGUCUCCCACGAGAUCCGUAAUGGGAUCCAGAACUGGAUCAACUUCGAGUCUUUUAAGUUUAAAGAGUUCCGAAGGGUCCGAGGGUUACGGCAGUGACGACAAGUCCGGACGAUCGUCGAGAGUUAGUUCAGUGUCAUCGUCCGGAGUCAAUGACGAUUUCUCUACGAGGUUACAAAAUAACGAUGUGACCGAAAACGGCGAAAUCGACUACAAGAAAUUGUACGAAGAAUCAAAAGCACAAAACGAGAGGCUAAAGGAAAAAUUGAAAAAGACUGAAGAUGAAUUGACGGAUGCUAGGAGUAAUUUAGAAAAACAUGUAAAUACGGACAAAGCGUCGCUGUCGGAAAUGGAAAAGAGGGAAAGACGAGCUUUAGAAAGGAAAUUAUCGGAAAUGGAGGAAGAGCUUAAGGUACGUGCACAAUUUUCUAUUACCAUUUUCGUGUGA